CCAAAGAGCCCUCUUUUGUUCCACGGAAUUGCAACCCGGAGAGGAGUCCAAUGGUUGCCAAAUGCCACCGCUCUCCCCUGGCUGGUUCUUCACAUCCAACCAUUUCCAAAGCCCACCAUCCAAGGCUUUCUGUCUCGCUUCCCUGCCGAUUUUGCCCCCACACCUCACGACUGUGCCUCAAAACCUGCAUCAAUAAAACAAAAAGUCUGCACCAACGACUCCCUGAAUGCCUUGGCUACUUUACUUGUGUGUGACCAGCAGCUGGUGCCCAAACAGGAAAACAGUCGCCGCAGCUUGGAUAGAUCCAGCCCGUACGGAGAUGUUCGUCAACUAUGGAGCACGGCCACGCUGUCCACAACGAACGUGUCGGUAUCCGGCGUCUGCGAGGACUUCAACGAAGAGGGCAAAUCUGUAAGCAAGCUUCGCAAGCACAGCCAGGCCGUUUCUAUUAGGGAAGCCCUGAACCUCGAGCCAGAGGAGAUCCAGCAGCAAGCACGUCUAGAGCUUGAACAGUACCGUAGCAGAUCCUUGGAGCGUGAGGAGACCGAAGAGAAUUUCUUAGCAACAUCUUCAGAAUCAGAAGUCAGUCUAUCAAAGCCGCAUCGAGCCUACUGGAUAGAGCAGCAGAACAGGCUGCCCCUGCCUCUGAUGGAUAUCAUGGAGACAGAAGUUCUGGACAUCCUCAAGAAAGCCCUCAGUACAUAUAGGUCCACGAUUGGCAGGAGCCACUUCAUGACUAAAGAGCUGCAGGGAUACAUCGAAGGGAUGAAGAAGCGCCGGAACAAGAGGCUGUACUGUUUGUCUCAGUGAACCUCCAGCUCAAGUGGCCGACGAGACGUCCGUCCCAUGUCCUUUCCGUCCCUCGAACCCAAGCUGGAACCCAAGCUCGAACCCAUCUGCAUGAAAUUUGAAUCAUAGAGAAAUUAAAGAGUCUAUGCAUGGUUCCAGA